UAUAUGUCUAGUAGUGUCUACAUAAGGUGCAUGAACAAUCUGAACUAUUGGUAUACAUGUUGAAAUGCUGAUAUGUAUACAUUUAAACACAUUAAAUUAGAAUUUUAAAUUCUAAUUUUUUUUUUGUUUAUUGAUAGAUAUUUAAUUUUUUUUUCUAUAAUAUAGAAUUUGUAUGAUAUUUAUUUCGAUUAUUGUGCAUUUUAAAACCUUCAAUUUGUUAAGUUAAUUAAUUUUAUACAAAGUUGUGGAUAUAUCGAAAAAAACUAAUAUAAUUAUGGCUGUUCCUAAUUUAGCAGGUAAAUAAUUAGAUAUAUUUUCAUAUUAUAUUUGUUAGUUUAAUACUUUUUUUUUUUUGUAAGUCCGAGGAUCCACUGGUAUGGCUCUAUAUCAGGGUUUAUCAACUUUUGAGCCCGUUUCUAAUUUUCCAUCUGAUGUCUCACCAGCAUGCAAGUUUUUCCUGUUUGGUCCAAAUGGAAAACAUUUUGCUUGGAUUAGUAGCUCUAAGUAUAUUGAGAUUAAUUGAUUCUAUAAACUGUUUUUACUUAUGAUUUUCAAUCAGGGUCAUACUCGUUAAAACUUCCGAUUGGAAAAUAAUUGUUGAAGCUGAUUAUCCAAAAGCAGCUCAGUUAGCAUACAGCAGUAAAGGGACUUAUUUAGUAGUUUACGAACCAUUUAUCAGUAAAUACAAAAAUAUAUAUUUAUGUUUAACAACUAAGAACACUCGCUGUUUUGUGGUAAGGUAGAUAAGAAUUAUUAUUUCUACACCACAAAAUAGUAUGUGAACUAAUUAAAUCAACAUUUUUAAGUUUUAUAAUAUUAUUUAUUUAAUUAUUUUUAGCUACACCAAGUAAUCCCAAAGGCAGUCCUAACGUCCAUGUUAUAAAAACUACUGAUGGACAACUAGUGAAAAGUUUUGAAUACAGAGAUUAUAAACUUUGGUAGAAUAUAUUUUUUUUUACCAUUUAAAUUACAUAAAAUUUUCAAAUAUUGUUUUGUAUUAUGAGCUCUGGAAGAAAAUACAAAUACCUAUAUAUAUGUAUAUAUUGAUGUGCUAUGUCUAUUUGACAUUUCAAUAUAAAUAAAAAUAAAGAAUAAUAUUAUAAUUUCUUUAUUUAUAUUAAUAUAUUGAUGUAUUUUUAUUGUAUGUUUGAUUUUGUUUUUUUAUAUAUAUAUACAUAGGAUUCCUCAAUGGUCUUCUGAUGAAAAAAUAUGUGCUCGAUUUUUAAAUGGCGAUGUAUUAUUUUAUGAGAAUUCUAAUUUUGAUAAUAUAGUUUAUAGAAUUAAAAAACUUAAAAUCAAUAAUUAUUCAAUAUCUCCAGGAAAUCAACCACUCAAUGUUUUGUGUUUUUUACCAGGUACCCACCUGUAAUUAUUUAUCAUCUGAAUCUUUAAAUUCUAUUAGUCCCGCUUAAUUUAUAUAUUUAUUAAACAGUACCAUAUAUUAUUUUGAGACAAAUUAAAAAAUUAUUUGAAUAUUAUACAUUUAUAUUUUAGCUAAAUCUGGCCCUUCAAAUGGACGUCUAUUUCAAUAUCCAGAAUUUAAUACAUUUAUUGCCAAUAAAAGUUUUUUCCAGGUAUUGUAUAUUUUACUUAUAAUAAGUAUUAUUUUUACACAAAUAGUUUGAAAUAUAUAAUUAAUUAUACAAAAAUAUUUAGGCUGAUAGAGUAGAAAUAUUUUGGAACAUUAAAGGAACAGCAACUUUAUUAUUGACUUGUACUGAUGUAGACAAAACUGGAGCAUCGUAUUAUGGGAAACAAGGUUUACAUUUAAUUACUACAAAAGGAGAUACUUCUCAGGUUAUAGUAAGUAAGUAAGAUAAUCUAAGUAUAACUCAUUUUUGUAUUUAUUCGAAUAUAAACCUUUAGAUAAAGAAGGGCCUUUAUACAAUGCUGCUUGGAGUCCAUCAUCAAAAGAGUUCUGUGUUGUUUAUGGUUUUAUGCCAUCAAAGGCAACAUUAUAUAAUUUAAAAUGUGACUCAGUGAUGGAAUUUGGAACUGGAACAUUUAAUGCAAUCUAUUACAAUCCAUUUGGAAAUAAUAUCCUUUAUAUUUUAUAACUAAAUUUAAAUAACAUAUUUGUUUACACAAAUGUACAAAUUUCUUUAACUGAUUAAAUACUUCUUCUCUUAGCUGGGUUUGGCAAUGUACAAGGUAAUGCAGAAUUAUGGGAUGUUAAUGGUAAAAAGAAGAUUAAAAAAAUAGAAAUACCAGAUACAACUUUUCUUCAGUGGUGUCCUGAUGGUCAACACUUUGUAACAGCUACAACAGCACCUCGACUAAAAGUUAAUAAUGGCUAUAAAAUAUGGCACUCUAGUGGUGCAUUAUUACAUGAAAAACCUUGGGGAAAAGAAGAACUAUUUCAAGUUGUUUGGCAAAAUUAUCCUCAAGGAACGUUUAAAACACCUACAAUUUGCAAAGCUGUUGAAGGAAUAACUUCAAGUCAACCAAUUGGUAUGUUUAUUCAUUAUUUACAUAUUAAUAGUAUAAAUUAUACCUUAUAUUUCAAAAUAAAAUAUAUAUUUAUUUACUUAUCAUUUUGUUAGCUUCUAAACAAGUUUACCGACCUCCACAUGCACGAAAUUCUGAUUUUAAACCAACUAGCUUACAUGAAGAAUCUUCAGAAACAAGUAUGAUUUUUGUUAACAUAUUUUUAUUUUUCCAAGUAUUUAAACACACUUCAAAUAAUAACAAAAAUAUUCUUUUUGACUAAUUGAGAAACCCAUCCGUUUUAAAGGCAAGUAAGAUUCUAAGCACUAGAGUUAGCUUCCCGAUAAAAAAUGAUUUAUGGAAAUAUGCAUAUAAAUAGAUAUGAAAAAGUAGAAUAUAGGUGGUAAUUUAAUUUAUAUCUGUAUGCAAAUUAUAAACGAUUCAGAACUAAGUUUCUGUUAUACAUGUAUGUACAUUUUCCCAAUUAUUAUAAAAACCUUUUGGAAAAUAAAAAUAUAAUUUUCAGAAAAGGUACUAUACUUCCGAAUCAGAGAAAGAUUUCUGGUAAAAAAGUUAUUCACAGAUAAAAACAAAAAAAUUAAAAAUUAUUAUCAUUGUAAAACUAUUACAGUUCUCACUAUGCACCGAAUCUAAAACAAUAUUACUUUAUAAAGUAAAACCCUAGUUGUAUAAUAUGCUAAUUUACAAAACAAGUUUUAGUUUAAAAUAUUGUUUUAUGUGUUAAUUAAGAAUUAAAUAUUAAACAUAAAUUCUGUCUAAUAAAUAAUAUUGAUAAAUGUACUGUUUAUUAAUUAUUAUUUAGAGAAUAACUAAAAAAAAGACUUCUGAAUACGUCAAUGUAUAACAUAUAACAUAUGACAAAUAAAAUAUGAAGUUGAAUACAUAUUAAUUUAUAAAAUUACAUCCAUAGGCCUUACAAUAUUUUAAAUAUUUAAUUUGAAUAAUUUAUUAAAUUUUGUGUGUAAGUAUAUAUGUUUUAAAAAAUUAAUUUCAAAAUAUUAGAUUUGUAUAAUAAAAUAACCAAAUUGUAUUUAUUACUAAUUUAACGCCAUAACUUGUUAUUUUAAGUGUUUAAAAAUUGUUAAUUUUGCUUAUAAAUAUCUAGGUAUUACUUUUAUAAAUAUAUAAUUAUUUUUAGAAACACAAUCAAAAGCUUAUUUAAAGAUGAAAAAAAAGCGAGAAGCUAAACGCCAAGCAAAACUAGAAGUAGAAAACUCAACUGAUAAUAAACAAAAUGUUAAAAUAACUGAUGAACUAGUGGUCAAUGAAAAGCAACUGAGGAUUAAGAAAAUUAAAUCAGUACGUUUGAUAAUUUACGUUAUAAUUUGUAAUUAAAUUUGAUUACAGUUAUUAAACUCUACUUGUUGUGUUAUAGGACUUAAAAAAUAUUAAUCGUCUGAAGACAAUACAAUCUUCUGGAAAAGAAUUGGAUAGUAAUCAAAUAGCAAGAUUAAAACUUGAAAAUAGUUUAUUGGAUGAACUUAAAAAAAUUCAGUUGUGAAAAGAAAUUAUACUUAAAUAAAAG